AUGGUAAGGCGGUACUUUGCACGGCUGGUACUGUACUUGGCCAUCAGCGACCUCUGGCUGUGUACCUCUUUCCUCAUGGGCGAGUUUGAGAGCCCGCACUACACCAAGUGCACCAUCCAGUCCAUGCUAGGCAUCUUCUUUGGCUUGUCCUCCGUCCUAUGGACCGUGGCGAUUGCGGACUCCAUACGCCGCAUCGUCAUGGCCCAGGACCUCACAGUGGAAAGCCGGCACGAGAAGCGGCUGCACAUCCUUGCGUGGGGCCUGCCGCUGCUGUCGGUGUUUGCCGUGUUGCUGCUGGGCGCGCAGGGGCAGAGCGGCAUGGUGUGCUGGAUUGAAAACUCGGCACUGGGAACUGUCCUGCGCCUUGCGACAUUCUACCUGCCUUUGUGGCUCGCCAUCGCCUAUUCGCUUUGGGUCUACUGGUGCGUUUCCCAACGGCUGAGCCAGCUGCUGGAACAAGCAUCCUCCAGCAACGCGGACGAGUACGAGGGGACGGCCUUUGAGUACCAUCAGGACCUGGAAAGGCAACGGCGCUCGCUGCGCAUGAUGAUGCUGCUGCCCCUGAUCUUGGUGUUUUGUUGGUCACCCAGUUCCAUUCGCAGGCUAUUGGACGUGAUCUUCCCUAACAUGCAGCGGUCAGUGCUGGACUACGUGUGCGUUUUCGCAGGCCCGCUACAGGGCUUCCUCAAUGCCGUGGUCUACGGCUCAACGCCUGCCGUGCGGGACGCUCUCACAGGGCGCUUCGACCACGGGGCGGCGAAGCUCAAGAGCCUGAAGACGCAGCUGCGGGUGCUCAGGAAGAAGCGCCAGGGGAAGUUUCAGACCUUCGAAGACUUCGAGGCUCGGCCUGUGAUCUGUUGA